AUGACGGGUGGUGAUGUAAACACCGUUGCGACGGUCUAUGGCGCGAUACUCCUGGGCACAUGCAUUGGAUGCGGCCUCACCGGAAUUGUGUUCGUGCAAAGCGUUCUGUAUUUCAAAUUUUACCCUUCCGAUGCUAUUGGGAAUAAACUGCUGGUGAGUUAUAUGUUGUUCUCUAAGAUUAUUUCUUACCCGAAACUCGAGGUCUUGGCCGUCUGGGGAUUGGACUUGAUGCACACAAUUCUGAUCAUGAUCUCCGUCUGGGAAUCUGUGAUCGUGAAUUUCAACAAGCCAGAACUGAUGGACCUCAUUCCAAAGGCCUUAGGUCUUUCUGUAGCCAUAACUGCCGCAGUCACUUUCCUCGUUCACUGUUUCUUCGCGAACAGAGUCCGUAAAUUGACAAAGAAGUGGUAUUAUGCUGCUCCUCUUGUGGUCUUGGCAUUUAUGCGUCUCCUUGCUGCAUGUGUCUCGACAACCGAGAUCAUGAGACUCCGUCACUACUCCCUGUUCAUCAAGCCAUUCCCAUCUUGGGUUUUCACCCUUGGCGUUACCCUCUCUGCGUCUGUGGAAUUUAUCAUAACCAUUGUCAUGGUUAUUUUCCUCGGGCGGAGUCGUACUGGUUUUGCAACCAUGAACCACAUCAUUAACUCGUUGAUCUUGUACACACUCGAGACUGGAACUGCUGUCACAAUUGCAUCGCUUAUCUGCUGGAUGGUUAUGCGGCAUAAUUUGAUCUUCCUUGGAAUGCACUUCGCGAUCGCAAAACUGUAUGCUAACUCCCUCCUUGCCACACUGAACACACGGAAGCGCUUGCGUGAAGACCGUUCCUACUCGAGUCAGCGCGAAGCCGAUGUGUACCCUGCCUCGCUGAACAUCCACAAAUCACGAGUGUCGCAGCAGCGUAUUCUGGGCCCUCUCUCACCGACUAAGGCCACCCAUUUGAACGUCAAUGUAGAGACUACCGUUGUUUCUGUCAUUGACGAGCCAUGCGAUGACUACGAUAUGGCAGAUAUGGGAGAUAUCGAGUCCAAAGGUUGCGAUACCGCAUGUGGAACGGAAAAGGGCAGUUUGAGUAAGGAGUUCUUACCCUGA